AUGCCUGUGCCCUCGCCUCUGCACAAACCCAUGCUCAGAUUCAUGUUCCUCCAGCACUGCCUGGGUCACGCAGACCUCCUCGCCUCACCUGUCCUGGGCACCCUGACACCAGGCCACUGUCCCAUGGCUGCUGGUCCGGUGCCAGUGGGGCUCUGGUUACAGCCCUAUAAAGGAUCAGGGUGCAGGGCUUGGUCAGGGCAGCCGUGCUGUGCACUUCCCAGCCCUGCAUCCAUGGAGAGCAGCACUUUCAUAUUGGUCCUCGCAGUGGCCCUGGUGCCGUUCGUCUCCCCUGCAGAGAAGAAGUGCCAGCUCAGCGGACUGUGGAGGAACGAGCAGGACUCGCUGAUGGAGAUUUCAGCACUGAGAGACAACGGGGACUUCCAGGGCAAAUACCUCACACGGGUUACGCUCGCUGGUGGCUGUGCCCAUACCUCCCCAUUGAAGGGUGCCCAGCAGCAACCUGGUGAGGGAGGAUGGCCCACCUUCGCCUUCACCGUGCGCUGGGACAAGUUCUCCAAUGCCACCACCACCUUCGCUGGGCAGUGCUUUGUGGACUCGGGUGGAAAGGAGACACUGAGCACCAUGUGGCUGCUGCGUGAAGCUGUCGGGUCCCUCGAGGAGGACUGGAAAGCCACCAGGGUGGGCAGAAAUGUCUUCACACGCAAACGCACCCCGAGAGGAAAGAACCUGCCUAGCUCAUUCCCAUCCUGUGAGGACACAUCUUCACCCACCCCAUGACUGUGCUCUGGCUGCAGCCCCC